AUGGCCGCAGACCGUCUGAACUCACUCCUGAGCCAUCUCAAGGGCAACAGCAGUGGACUUAGUGCCAUCACCCAGAAGAACCCCGACGAUGUGGUGAUCACCGCGUCCCUGCGUACCCCUCUCACCAAGGCCCGAAAGGGUGGCUUCAAGGACAGCGAACUUGACUACAUCGUGUAUGCGCUGCUCAAAAAGACCCUGGAAAAAUCAAAGAUCGACCCCGCCUUGAUUGAGGAUGUGUGCCUUGGUAACGUGAACGAGGGUAGGGCCGCCUACAUGGUGCGUGCUGCCGCUUUGGCAGCUGGAAUCCCGCACACCGCGGGCGCAUCCAGUGUCAACCGUUUCUGUUCCUCCGGCUUGAAGGCCGUCCAGGAUAUCGCGAACCAGAUCCAUCUCGGUUCCAUUGACAUCGGUAUUGCCUUGGGCGCGGAGCUGAUGUCUGCCUCUGGCGACCGUCUCGAGAAGCCAUUCAAUGAGGAGGUCAUGCGCAACCAAGAAGCUGCUGACUGUAUGCAGCCUAUGGGCCAGACUUCAGAGAAUGUUGGCAAGGACUUUGGCAUUUCCCGCGAACUGCAAGAUAAGUAUGCCGCAGAGUCAUACAAUCGGGCCGAGGCUGCUCAGAAGGCGGGCUGGUUUGAUGAUGAGAUUGUGCCUAUUCCUGUCAAGGUCAAGGACCCUAAGACCGGAGAAGUCAAGGAAGUUACUUUGACUGCCGAUGACGGUAUCCGAUAUGGUACUACUUAUGAGUCUUUGUCCAAGAUUCGCCCUGCCUUCCCUCAGUUUGGAGACAAGUCUACUGGCGGUAACUCCAGCCAGGUUACUGAUGGCGCUGCCGCCGUCCUGCUCAUGCGCCGAUCCAAGGCUAUCGAGCUCAACCAGCCUAUCCUGGCCAAGUUCUGCGGAGCCACCGUUGCCGGCGUUCCUCCCCGUGUCAUGGGCAUCGGUCCAACUGCUGCCAUCCCCAAGCUGCUGAGCAAGUUCCAGCUUGACAAGAAUGAUGUCGAUAUCUACGAGAUCAACGAGGCUUUCGCAUCCAUGGCCGUUUACUGUGUCAACCCUCGUGGUGGAGCCAUUGCCCUUGGACACCCCCUGGGCGCCACCGGUGCUCGCCAGAUCGCCACGAUCUUGAGCGAGGCCCGCCGUACCAAGAAGAAGAUCUUGGUCACGAGCAUGUGUAUUGGAACUGGCCAAGGCAUGGCUGGUCUGUUCGUCAACGAGCAGCUGUAA